GGGCCAAGCCUCUCAGCUCCUCUCACUGGGAGCAUGGAGAGCGGGGGGACCAUGGACUUGAUCAGCAUCCAGCAGUUGGUAAGUGGAGAGAGAGGUGAAAGGAAAGAACUGGGACGUGGACAUAAAGUUCCUGAUCCUGGAGGUGGGCCUUGCACCUGGAGGCUGGGGCCCCAGGAGGCUGAGGCCCAGGAGAGGCGGAAACUGGAGGAAGAGAAGAGGAGCAGACUUGAAAGAUUUAACAGUUCCAGAAUUAACUUGGAGAACCUGGCUGACUUGGAAAAGUUGGUUCAAAGACGGAGAGAAAAGCGACUAAAACGCAGAGUCCCCCCCGGGGCACCUGAGCCUGAGGUCAAGCCGCAGCCUGAAGCCCCGCUGGAGCCCGUGGACCUGGAGGUGUUCCUGAAGGCAGCUGCUGAGAACCAGGAGGCCCUGAUUGACAAGUACCUGGCAGAUGGAGGGGACCCCAAUGCCCACGACCAGCUCCACCGCACAGCCCUGCACUGGGCCUGCCUGAAGGGUCACGGCCAGCUUGUGAAUAAGCUUUUGGAGGCGGGGGCCACUGUGGACGCUCGGGACUUGCUGGACAGGACCCCCGUGUUCUGGGCCUGCCGCCGAGGGCACCUAGACAUCCUCAAGCAGCUGCUUAACCGAGGUGCCCGGGUCAAUGCCCGGGACAAGAUCUGGAGCACGCCCCUGCACGUGGCCGUGCGCACAGGUCACUGCGACUGCCUGGAGCACCUCAUUGCCUGUGGAGCCCAUAUUGACGCGCAGGACAAGGAAGGGGACACGGCUCUACAUGAGGCCGUGCGGCACGGCCGCUACAAAGCCAUGAAGGUGCUGCUGCUCUAUGGAGCCAAGCUGGGUGUGCAGAAUGGGGCUUCAGUGACCCCAGUGCAGCUGGCCAGGGACUGGCAGCGGGGCAUCCAAGAAGCACUGCAGGCCCACAUCGGGCACCCCCGUACCCGGUGCUGAUGACAGGGACCUGCGGGUCACUCGGCCACAUUCCAUCCCCUUCACCUCCCACCCCUGUGCCACUCAUGCAUCUGGUCUCACCUGGGUGGUUCUCCCUCAGCCAUGAUUCCGUGCCCAGGGCUGCUUCAUUGCCUCCAGGCAGCCCUUGCAGAACUGGGGGCAGCUCCGCACAUGCUUGACAGGUAGAGAAGCAGGCCUCCCUGUUCCAGCCUCAGGGUGACUUGCUCCCUGCCAAGGUGUGAGCUGAGGGCUGACAAGGAGGACCCCGGGUGGGCAGGCAACGAAGUGGGUCCAGGGGAGGGGCUGUGGAGGCAGGUAGGGACCCGGGAUGGAGCAGGAAGGGAACAAGUGUCGACUUCCCCCAUGUCCACUGACUGGUCCUCAGUCUGGAGGCGACCAGACCCCUGCCCUCUGCAGGGCCCGCUUCCCGAGACGUGUGGUCCAGCACCUGGCCAGCAGCCAGUCCCAGCCCCGCAGCUACCCUUGGGCACAGGCUUCUCCAGGAACCUCCCUCCCUAUCAGCAGCAACCCUGGUAGUGUCGAGAGUGGCUCUAGACUGUUGGCCUUGGGGCUCUGGAGUUGGGUCCGGCCAUCUGGAGCCCUGGGGGGGCUACUCAACAGGUUUGAGCCCCCACUGCAGAAGGCCAGACCCAGCUGGGUUGCCUCAGAAGCCCCAAGGCUGAUGAGCUGGAGCUAAGAUUUAGGGAGAACUUGUGCCCGCUGCCCAGGGCUAUAGCCAGGCCUGCCUGCUGUACUUUAGGUGGCCAGCUGGCGGCUCUCCUUGCAGGGAAGUGCCUGGGUGCUGGGGUUGCUUGUGGCCCACCCAACUUCUGGGGCGGUGGCCCGUAACCCUUCUCUGCCUCGGGCACUACUGCUACCCUGGCCCUAGAGUGUGCUUGGGCCUGGCCCCUGUGCCUGUGCUGCUCAACCCGCCUCAGGCAGGAUGUGGGGCAGCGCUUACUCCCUUCCCCUCCCUGGCUGCCCGGUAGUGGACCGAGGACCCACCUGCGCACACACCCUCCCAAGGCUUCCUCCUCUCACCGUCCUUUCUGGGUCAACUGCACUGGCGCAGACUAUUCUGCUGGCGGGGCGGGGUCCUCAAAUGCCAGAAAGUCAGUCUGAGAAGAACUCUGCCCUAAAGAGAACCACAGGCUGGAGGGAUGGGCUCCAAGACCAAGGUUAGCCUCCCUCACAUAAGUUACCUGGGUCCAUGUCCACUUUGCAGCAGUUACGUUACUCUAACUGGUGGCCUUCUCAGGCUAAGGUCAAGGCAGUUUUUUACUGUGAAAAAUACAGCAGCUCCCAACAGGGGCCACAUGCCUUCCCCUCACACGGGCAGUUCCUGCCCUGUAGUGACAGAGCCCCGGUCACCCAGACGCUGGGGCCACGGGAGAAAUCAAGUCCAUGGAGAAGACGACUUCCCAUCUAGAAAAUGGGGACACUUAAGUUCAAGAAAAAAUUCCUUUUUAUACCAUCAGUAUUUUGUUCAUUAAAACUGGUUGACUGUC